GCAGAUAGACGGCAUCUCUUCGCCAUCUUUCAUCCCCGUCGUCUCUUCCUUCCUCUCUUCUCCAGCGUCCGAUCUCCUUCCUCCGCCUUCCAGAGGAAAAUUAAUUAAAAAAACUCUCGGAAAAAAAUCCCGGCCUCCCUCUCCCUCCCUCCCUCCCCGCGCCCAAAAACCGAAACGGAUAAAGCUCUCCCUUCUCGCAUCCAGGGUUCCGGCAGGGCGGAUGGCGGAGGAGCCGGCGAGCCCCGGCGGGGGCGGCAGCCACGAGAGCGGUGGGGACCAGAGCCCCCGAUCCAACGUCCGCGAGCAGGAUCGCCUCCUCCCGAUCGCCAACAUCAGCCGGAUCAUGAAGAAGGCGCUCCCCGCCAACGGCAAGAUCGCCAAGGAUGCCAAGGAGACGAUCCAGGAGUGCGUCUCCGAGUUCAUCAGCUUCGUCACCAGCGAGGCGAGCGAUAAGUGCCAGAGGGAGAAGCGGAAGACAAUCAAUGGGGAUGAUCUGCUAUGGGCGAUGGCGACUCUAGGGUUCGAGGAUUACGUCGAUCCUCUGAAGCUUUAUCUACAGAAGUAUAGAGAGAUGGAGGGUGAUAGUAAGUUAUCUGCUAAGGGUGGAGAUGGGUCUGUCAAGAAAGAAGGUGGGGGAGUUCAAGGAAGAACUCAAGUGGGUACAAGCACACAAGGGGAGUACCAGGUUACACAACAGGGCUCUUUUACUCAGGGCAUGAAUUAUAUGAAUCCCCAGUUCCAUAACGGGGAUCUACCAAGUUGAGCAUUGGUCUGUCUGGUAGAGAAUUAUUUAUUCAGGUAUAGUUUUUCCUGAUUGUCUUUUGACUGGAGAUGCACUAUAAACAAGUUGAUGACGUUGUUGCUAAUAGGCUAUCAGUUUAUAUCUUAUUCUGCUGAAAUUGUGCUAGACGACUAAAAGAGAAAUGUUGUUUCUAUAUUCUGUUUUAAUUGCAGAGAAUCAAUGUACAAUUAUAUUAUACAGAAACAUCUGGAGGAGAGUGAUCUUGGUUAUAUGUAUGUUUGAUUGCUUGACGAGAGCUAAAUAUCCAAGUACAUUUAUGAAGAGAUACAGUGCCACAUGUUAACCUGGCCACCUUGGGAAGUGGUUAAUUUAUCAAAACUUUUAUUUCAAAAUCAACUGCUGUAAAGAAAAGGAUUUUGGUUCUAGUUGUAGUUUUUUCAAGUCCAAAUCUUAAUAAAUGAUUGAACUUGAAGACUUUU